AUGUAUUUUUCAAUUUUCUCCGUAUUUAUCGGCCUUCAAAUUACUGUGGAAAUCAGUGGAAUUCAAUUAAUUGACGGAAGCACAAACGUAACAGUUUUUCACAACGACUACACAGAUUCAUAUUCAACUUCGCUCAUUCAAAAUCCGAAUAUAAGAACCAAACCUAUUCCAAGAUCAAGAAAAGAUGAUGAUUGUUCGGAUGAACUUUUGAGAAAAGUUAUGAAUGAGCAUAUAAGUGACGAAGGAAUGACAGAAUCGAAGCGAGCAAUUCAUGAAGCUGCUCGUCGAGAUUUCGAAGGAACCUGGAGUAUUAUUUGUGCUCCAUGUGCAUUUUCGUAUUUGGCUCAUGCACAAGAUUACUGUAUUCAUUCAAGGCAUGGUAUAACUUGUCUUUUGUACAGAGAUGGAUAACUUUUUGUUAGAUUAUUUUCUUAUUAAAUUGAUAUAAAACUAUUUUGUUUACUUUCAGUUCAUAUUUUUACACAUGAAGUUUGCAUGUUU